GACAACUCUCGCCUUAGACAAGUCCAACACUAAGAAAGAGAAUUUAUUUGAAUAUGGAGCGUUGGAUUUUCCUUGCUUCUGUCUGUCUGGCGAUAACGGUAGUCCAGGGUCAACAAGCCUACAACGGUGCCCCUGUGAACCCCCAGGAAGCACUAAAGAUACACCAGCUUCAACUUCUGCAGCACAAGAAACAAGAACAGCGCCAUCUUCUGGAAGAGCAAAACAUUUAUGCUGGAAAAUUCUCUUCCCAACAGCAGCCCCAAAUAAGACAACAAUACGUGCCUCAGCAACAGUACCAGCCACAAAGCUUCCAGGCCCCGCAGCAACAACAGUAUUUACUCCAAGAACAGCAAUACCAACAGCCUCGGGAACCUGCCAGACCACAGAACUACCACCCGCCCGCCCUUGUUCAUAGCGUUAACAUCGGCGCCAAUCUCCGGGGCGACUACGACUUUGUCUAUGAUACAGGCAAAAGUUCAUUAGGACAGAGUUUCCGCAAGGAAACCCGUCUUCCAGAUGGCACAGUGAAAGGAGCCUACGGCUACCUAGACAAAGAAGGCCGUCAAAGAAUUGUUAGGUACACCGCCGGCAAAGAGGGCUUCAAGGCGGAAGGUGAUGUUGGUCCGGACGGCAUACCAGCAGGAACUGCUCCUGGUCCUGCUCCGCGUCCUGUACACCACUAA